CACAAAACCAGAGGCCAGCGUCUCACGUCGCGGCCAAGCGUGGGCCCACACCAUCAGGCGAAUGGCCCACAUCGUCUUCCUCCGCACGGCCGCCGCCGACCUCACAGCCGGGAAGCCGCCGCUGCGGGGCGUCCCGGCCUCGGCGCCGCUCUCCGCGGCGGCCGCGGCGAUCCCGGCGUCGCAGGAGGCCGACGUGGCCGUCUGGCGCGACGGCGCCUCGCCCCUGGCGCCCGCCGAGGCCACCGUGAUCGGCCUGCUCAGCUCCCUUGACGUCGUCGCGUUCCUCGCCUCCCACCUCGGCGACGCGGCCGCGGCGAUGAGGACGCCUGCCGGCGACGUGGUGGCGCACGAGCCGGCGCUCGUGCGGGAGGUCGAGCCCCACACCAGGUUGAUUGAAAUAGUGGAGCUAACGAAGCAAGGAGCAAGGCGGGUCCUGGUGAGCAAGAACAUCACGGAAGCGUGCACCGUCGUCGACAAGAAGCCGUUCGCGCCAUUCUACAAGGCCGUGCUGAAGAUCACCGGGACGCCGACGGCGGCAGCCUCGGCGAAGGCCGUCGGCAGGCCAUCGCAGCCUUCGACGACGCCGUCGGCGUUCGGCUGCGACAGGUACUGCUGCGUGACGCGGGAAGACAUCAUCCGCUUCCUCAUCAACUGCCUCGGCGCUCUGGCGCCGACCCCGCUGCAGUCCAUCUCCUCCCUCGGCGCCGUCAACCGCGGCUACGCCCACGUGGAGGCCUCGUCGCCGGCCAUCGAGUCCUCCUGGCGGGUCCCCUCCGAGCCCCGCGCCGUCGCCGUCGUGCAGACGAACCGCGACGGCUCGCACAAGGUCCUGGCCGACGUGUCCGCGCACAGGCUGUGGCGCCGCGACUACGCGGCCGCCGCGGACUCGAUGGCGAGCAUGUCGUCCCUCAACUUCGCCGCGGGGGUCGACGGGCACGGCAUCGUGGCGCCGGGUGAGGAUGACGAGGCGGACGUCGCCGCGCCGUCGCCGAGGUCGUCGACGCUCGGCGGCCGGAAGGCCGCGUUCGAGGCCAGCCUCGUCGGCCAGAUGAUGAUGGCGAGCCACGGCGGGAACGCGGCGCUGAGGUGCAGGAGCACCAGCUCGCUCGCCGCCGUCAUGGCGCAGAUGCUGUCGUACAGGACCACGCACAUCUGGGUAACUGACGGCGAGGAUGACGUCUUGGUUGGAGUUGUUGGUUACAUGGAGAUCUUCAAUGCGGUCACCAGGGGUGUUGCUCCUCCACUUCCAGCUUGAUUGUUCGUUCUGAGUUUAGGAAGUUUUGGAGGGAAAGUUUGAUUGGUUUUUGCCACAUUGAUGAUUUUGUAAUUUGAAUUUAAGUAUAAGCUUAUUAUAGUUCUCCCAA